GUUCAGCUCGUCCAUCCCUUCCAGGGUGGCGACGAACGUCUUAUGCAUCACGAUCGGCCCCUCAGCGCCAUCGUACCCAGCUCACGUUUAGCUCGUCCAUCCCUUCCAGGGUGGCGACGAACGUCUUAUGCAUCACGAUCGGCCCCUCAGCGCCAUCGUGUCCAGAUUCACGGUUCGCUCGCCCAUUCCCCUCCAGGAUUGCAACGACCGUCUUAUGCAGUACGAUCGGCCCCUCAGCGCCAUCGUACCCAGCUCACGUUCAGCUCGUCCAUCCCUUCCAGGGUGGCGACGAACGUCUUAUGCAUCACGAUCGGCCCCUCAGCGCCAUCGUGUCCAGAUUCACGGUUCGGCUCGCCCAUUCCCUUCCAGGAUGGCAACGACCGUCUUAUGCAGUACGAUCGGCCCCUCAGCGCCAUCGUACCCAGCUCACGUUCAGCUCGUCCAUCCCUUCCAGGGUGGCGACGAACGUCUUAUGCAUCACGAUCGGCCCCUCAGCGCCAUCGUGUCCAGAUUCACGGUUCGGCUCGCCCAUUCCCUCCAGGAUGGCGACGACCGUCUUAUGCAGUACGAUCGGCCCCUCAGCGCCAUCGUACCCAGCUCACGUUUAGCUCGUCCAUCCCUUCCAGGGUGGCGACGAACGUCUUAUGCAUCACGAUCGGCCCCUCAGCGCCAUCGUGUCCUGAUUCACGGUUCGACUCGCCCAUUCCCCUCCAGGAUGGCGACGACCGUCUUAUGCAGUACGAUCGGCCCCUCAGCGCCAUCGUACCCAGCUCACGUUUAGCUCGUCCAUCCCUUCCAGGGUGGCGACGAACGUCUUAUGCAUCACGAUCGGCCCCUCAGCGCCAUCGUGUCCAGAUUCACGGUUCGGCUCGCCCAUUCCCUCCAGGAUGGCGACGACCGUCUUAUGCAGUACGAUCGGCCCCUUAGCGCCAUCCUACCCAGCUCACGUUCGGCUCGUCCAUCCAUUCCAGGGUGGCGACGAACGUCUUAUGCAGCACAAUCGGCCCCUCCGUGCCAUUGUGUCAAGUUCAUCUCCGGAUCGCCCAUUCCUUCUGGGAUGGCGAUGACCGUCUUAUGCGGCACGUCUGCCUCCCGGUGCUGACAUGCCCGGUUUAUCGAUGAGAGCCACCGCUUUCUAUCACAUCUCGCAUUCCUUCUCUCAUACAUUGCACCCAUACAUUACAUGCAUUCAUGCAUUCAUGCAUCAUACCUCAUACAUUCAUACAUACACAUGUGCAUCAUGUUUUGACAGUACCGCGACGUCGGUUUAUAGAUGAUGGACCUCUAAGCUUUCUCCGAUUGGAAAGCUCGAGUCAGAGUCCUUUACUCCCGCCUGAUGCAUUCAGGGGGAGCGUGCCCGUGCAGGAGCACCCUUCGCCCGACCCCGUCGGGAAGGGGGGUGCCCCACCGGCAGAUUACGUUCAGGAGUGCAAACACCCACUCAUAUGUUAUGAUUAUGUGAAGACACAAGUUCCAGCCAGGCAGAGGUAGAGCGCAGGCAAGAAUAUACUUUCUCGAGCAGAUUCGCGCACUCACCACUCAAGAAACUGGGGGACUUGUGUUGGGAUAUAUUAUCCCGGUCCGUUACUGUUCAGGAGCCCAAGACUUGAUAUAGUACGGAGCCCGUCCGGUAAGGCCCGUUUCGGCCCAUUCUGGCUAUCCGGCCCACCUUGGCCCAGUAGGCCCGUAUUUGGCCCAUUAGGGUGGAGAGCACCCUUCCCCUUUCCCCUAUAAAUAUGAGGCUUCCCUCCAUGUUUUGGGGAUCCCUUCCUUAGCUUCUUCUUCCUUAUUUCUCUCUAGCUAGCUAGCUCAAUACUCCAUAAAUGGAGCUCAAAUUGUACUAUGUAAAUGGUGAGGAGAGAUUAAUGAGAAUGAGAGGGCUUGGACAUUAGCCUAAAAAGUCCCGUGGUUUUCUCCCUUUCGGGUUUCCACGUAAAAACUGAGCUUGUUCAUACACAUUCAUACAUAUAUUUACUAUAUCGUGUUGGAUUAAACUCAACAAUAGAUAUUUGAUUUAUAGAGUGGAUAGCUGCAGAGGACAGGAAACCUGUUUUAAAGAAGCAGAUACCUAUCAACUACAAUCUACAAGUUCUAAGAAUUCAAAACUAAGAAACAUAUCGAACAUAACUAUAAUGAUCUUACCCUCGCGCUUUAGAGGACACAACUUCACAACUUCACAACUUCAUUAUCUUACUCGCACGAUAUCAUUUUGACUAAUUAAAUCAUUUGCAUUGACUUAAAUCAUUGAUGUUUCAUGAAAAAUGUAUAUUUAACUUUUGAAAUUCAAUCUUUUAUUGAAUCGUUUUAUUCCUCGGAUUUUAUUUCAAAAAAUAAUUUAUAUAUAUUAGUCAAGAAAUAUUUUUAUCGGAUGUUAUUAAUUAGUAGGACGAUCGACUGAGCAUGCAUGAUUAUUGACUUAUUAUCGUUAUUCUUAUUUGUAUGCCUAUAUUCGGUUUAUUUAACUUAAUAUACUGAUUUCAAGUUUUGCAUUCCUUUUAAUGUAAUUAAGUUUGAUUGUUAUGCGUGGAAUCAUUAACAACAUUAUAUAGCUUGAUUUAGGAGUAGAAUAUUUUAAUAUUUCAUUUUGUGUGAUAAAAAAAACUUUCCUUCUAAUGGUGUACGACAAAAUUAUGUUUUAUAUUUUAGAGUCUUCAAGAUAAAAAUUUGUUUACAACAAAAUUAUUUUUUAAUAUACGGAGUAUUUAUUAUCAUACAAAGGUUAUUUAUAUUCAGGAGUCAUUUAUAUGCACUUUUCUAAUUUAAUUUAUCUAGCUGCUACUACGUAGCCUUCUUCUGAGUUAAGCCUGUUUGAAACUCUGUUUGAACUUUACUAUUAUGAUUGCCAUUACGGAGUACUCCCCCUGCUCCGUUGGAAGGUUCCCAUAGGUAAACGACACAAUUUUUAAGGCAAAUGAUCAAAUGAAAUAAUUUGGUUAAAAAGAGAGGAAAGAGAUUUUUUUUUUAAAGUAAACAUAUAAAGUGAAGGUAAUUAAAGUGAGUGAAUUGGAGGAAGAGAAAUGGUGAGACUUGACAUUUAAUGAGUAGAAAAGAAAAUUUGAACAUACAUGUAACUAAAGAGAAUAAAUUAUUUCCUAAAAUGGAAUGACAACCUUUAAAUGAGACACUCAAAUAAGAAAAAUGAGAACCUUUCACCGGGACAGAGGGAGUAUAGGCUAUAUAUUCUCUAAAUAUAAUAUCAUCACUACUACAAAACUGGCUUAUAGUGACACUUAGUUAGUGACACUUUCUGUCCAAAAGUGUUACAUAGGCUGUUUUUGACAUAUAAGUGUCAUGGUUUUCUGAUGCAAUAGUAUCAACAUUUUAUACGACACUAGACCCGUUUGUUUUUAAUUUACUUGGCCAUUUUCACUUUAAAUUUUAACAUUUCACUCUAUUUUGUCCUCAACUUCUCCCUCACCCAUCCUCAAUCACCUUUACCCAUCCCCUUCCUUCGUAUGAACCCUAGCCGCCGCACCCCACUAUGAACGAUUCUCUUGCCAAAUAUGUCCCCUCUUCCAUCUUUCUUGGUACCCUAACUCUCUACCGGCCUCUUCAAUUCGUUUUUUCGUAGAAGCUCAGGCGUUUGUUCGUAGAAGCUUUACCCCUCCACGUUCGUGCGACUAUUUGACAGAGCCAGAGAGUUUAGCAGUUUCCCUCAAUUUCUAGGUAUGUGUUUUUUCCAUCUACUCAUUGUUCAUAGAGUGUUCAGAGGGGUUUGGGUCCUCGCAGUAGAAUUGCGAUUUUCUGGACCUUCAAUUACAUAUACGAGUAUAAUUUAAUUAAAACCUAAGGCCAAAAUCGGGAGGGGGGGGGAUUAAACGUCCAAUACAGCUCUAAUUUGCUUGAAUGUAGGUUAUUUAGCUAAAUAUAUAGUGUAAUAAUGUUAUGGGAGGCUUAGAAGCAAUAUAUAGGUAAAAUAUAUAGUGUAAAGAUUUUCGAUGCUCAUUUAAGUAUUAAUGUAUGGUUUUGUUUAUUCCAAGUAUUUUACGAUUCGAGUGCAACUUGAACCAACAUAUACUUAUGUAUUCCCUUGAAUGAGUAAGUCUUAGUAGAAAAAAUACUUUAAGCUUCUUUAUAUCAUCUCAGUUUAUUACACACUUAUGGGGUUGACUUAGCAUGGCAUCUCACGCUAAGUUUUUAAAGUUGUUUCAAUAAUCCUAGUUUUUUAGAAUCAUAUCUUAUAUAUAAAAUUUUCACACAAAGUUUAUAUAUAUUCAUAAACUUGUAUGUCGUUACACUUGCUUGUUUAAUUAUCUCGUAGUUGUAGUUUUAUAUCACUUGUUAACUCAUAUUUUAUCUGAAUGUGCAAAUGAAGCAGGAUGACAGUCACUAAUAUUAUGCAUUUUUGCAUUGGCGGUGAUACUAUGUAAAUAAUUUGGGUAUGUAGGUUGUGUUUCAGAUAGAAGGAUGGGACAACUUGAACUCUUAACUGAGAUUCGGUUGAGUCUCAAACGGGAAAAGCCUAAAAUUCUUCCUGGAACAGAACUUGUAGAGGGGUCAAAGGAGUUUCUGUUGCAGGCUGGGACAGAUAUAAUGGCUGCAGCUAAAGAUGCAACUCAGAAAUCAAAGGCUGGAUAGGGAGCAAAGAGCAGUGGAUAUAUUGUUAGCUUUAGUGGAUUGGCUGGAUUCUUAGCGUCAUCUUCUUCGCAUUGAAGAUUAAAUCUGAACUAGUAACAUCGAGGGUUUCUUCUUUUCUCUCUUAGCCAUUCUUUCUCUCUUAAUUACUCUGUACUCAAUAUUAUGUUUUCAGAUUGUUAAACUCCAGUUUGUUUUGUUCAUACUUUUGAUGUCUUUACUAAUAUUUAUAUGCUUGGGAGGAAAUGAUUAUCAAGUAUGAGUUGUUGGUUGAGAACAAUUAUGUCAGCAGGCCUGGAAGACAUAGACUACUGAAUGAGUUAUAUACAACAAAUUCUCUUACAAUUGAGUGAUGUGUGAAGUGAUAUAUACAAAACAUUCUACUUGAUUAAAGCUAUAAUUAUUCAGGUGCAUGUGAAAUGUGAACCACCUCUUAAUAAUACUUGGGCACUUCUAUUAUGUUGCAAGAUAGUUAUUAUUCAGCUACAAAGGUAUUCUACUGAAUUACUUAUUACUAUACUUUUGAUUUUCAAUCCUAAAAUUUGCAAUUUUCUUCAUUUUGCAGCCUCACCGAUCGUAUUGUUUCACUAUUCGGGGGGAUCCAAGCGGCUUCUUAUUUCUGCUACGUGCAAAGGCACAUCAUUAGACUUCUCAAAUGCCUGUUUUGUUGUUUCUAUAUUUGGAGGUUAAGUGGAUCUUUCUUUAUAUUCCACCAGUUUGAAAGUGUGCCCACUUAAAUGAAUAACAGCAACAUUAGGCUCGAUUGUGUCAUACUGUAUAUCUUCGUCUACCUAAAUAUUCUUGCGGUGAGGUAUGCUUGUUACCUCAAAGAAUGACUUUUAAGCAUUAUUUUAGUACUAUAAAACUUGUAGAUAUUUGGGCUUCGAGUUGAUUUGGUUUUGCUCCUGUUUGAAUUCAAAUUUAAGCAACCUCCAACCUGCCGUUGACGAUAUCACGUUUUGGAGAUUUGGAAGGACUUAUGUUAGGAUGCAAAACCAAAUAGCAUUCGUGUGUAGUGGUUUAUUCACAUUAUAUAUUAUUUGGAUUGUUUAGUCUCAUCCCGACCAAAACGAUAAGAAAAAUGUAGACCGCAUAUAUAAAUAACAUCGGGCACUUAACUAAUCGUGCAACACGUGUGUAAAAAACUAGAGCUAUUUGAAUGAGGGUGUGCUUGAAGUCAUGGAGGAUCCACUGAAUGCAAAGGAAAUAGGGGUUUUAGCAUUUCUCAUCGCAAACACUCCCUAAUAUCAUAGCCAACUUGAGGAAUAUCUACCGGUCUAAUUGGCUUGUAUGCCAUAAAUGACAGGCUGUCAAGGGUUUUGAUCCUCUCGAAGCAUGCUCUAAUCAGUGCAGUCUAAACACAAAAAAAAAUGUAAGCAUUAACGCUUAUAUUGUUUUUAAUAUUGGCCAUUGAUUGAAGUUCUUUCUUGAUACUGAUUAAUCUUUUGGAUCAAGUAAAAGAUAUGCUUGUAAGAACUGAUCCAAUUUUGCAGGAAUGUCAAGGGGAAAUUCAGUUUUGGCCAGAACUUCACUUGUAUGACUAUUAUUUAGAUGUCAGUGGAAAUAUUUUAGGUUUAAUGUUCUGAUAGGAGAAAGAUGAAGUCCUAUUGCUAUAUAGGUUUCUGAAUAGCAUGGAUCAUAGGUCAUCCAAUAGACAUGAAAUUUUACGAUGGUCUAAAAUUAGGUGAUUUUACAAGUCUUCUUAAGAAAUACUCUGUGGUAAUAUAAAGUUCCAAAACUGUCAUGUUAAUCAUGGAAUUCUGUUUACCCAAUAAUCUUAGAUUACUUAACUAUGUGUUCCUUGCAAAAUGUUUCUAGGAGUUUUUGUUUAUAACUUUCAUAAAACUUGACAAAACUUAGCUUGUACAAAGUAUUCUUUAUUAUAUGCUUUGGGUGGAUCAAUAAAAUGAAGUCUAUUAUUUUCUAACUGGUUGCUUAGGGUAUCGGAGAAGGCCGUUGAAAGAAGAUACUGAAAAACCAUCAAGUAGGAAGCACUAUAGUCUCAUGUUGAAGAUCAACUGAUUUAGUCAUAGGUGGAGCUUAUAGGAGUUAGAAGAUCUGAAAUUAGUUUAUUAUAGAUUUAGUUGAGUUUGUGUUGGAAUGUGUAUGACAUUUGAAUUGUAAAUGAUAAUUCGUUUUGUUUUCAAUAAAGCGCCUUUUGAUUUUUCAUACAUUGUCAUGUUGAAGUAAUAAUCUUAUAUUUCAUGUGUAUAAAUAAUUAUAUAUAAAUAUAAAUAUACAAAUAUAUAAUCAACAUUAUGUGAUACCAAUGUAUCAUAAAU